UCAUCAUAAGCUCGACCGAUCGCUACUGACGAAGAUGAAGGUUCUUUUCCUGUUCGGUUUGGUGGCUUUAGCUGCUGCUGAUAAGCGACCAUCCACAUCCUACGGACCACCAACGGUCAGUUCCUUCGAAGGAUCCUUCGAGGGCAACUCGGACGAAUCCUUCGAGCCCGCCAAGUACAGUUUCGAAUUCGGCGUCCACGACGACUCCACCAGCGCCAGCUUCGAGCACCAGGAAUCCCGCGACGACGACCAGACCAGAGGCACCUACACCGUCCAGCUUCCCGACGGUCGUCGCCAGACCGUCAAAUACUUCGUCAACGGAGACUCAGGCUACUUAGCCGAGGUCACCUACGAAGGAGAGGCUCGCUAUCCUGAUUCCUUUGAGUCUAGAGAAGACUCCACUGCCGAUUCCAGGGAAUUUUCGGCCCCGAGACCCACCUACUCAGCCCCUGACUCUCGUGAAUUCCAGUCAUAUUCCCCACCAAGCUCAUCCUAUGGAGUUCCUGUGUAAGCUUUUCGUUCCCUUGCUUUAGGCAAUGGACCCUCAGCUCGGUAAGUUAUUUGACGUAGAUUGUAUUUAAUAAAUAAACUCUGAUGA